CAAUACACAUGACAUAUGUAAGCUAGUCGCGGACUGACUGUAACUGUCGCCUUCUCCCGCACUGCAUCUUGAACUAUCGCUGCUCCUGAACCACUUAUAGCCUUGAACGCGAUAUCUGAGGGAAAAUUUGAAGGGCCUUUCUUAGCGAUCGACGCUUCUCCGAACGACCGAACCGACAUUUCCACACGCCAGAACCGUGCGGCGUAGCCGGCAAUAAUAAUGCCUGUCGAGGCGGAAGCCAGCUCCUCGCCAAGCCGAAAGAAGGCUUUAUGGCUUACCCAGACACUCCAGGACCAAAAGCAGCUUGCGGCAGGUCCACCCAUAGACUAUUCCUUCAAGGACCUCAAAACCGUGUUAGACCUGGUGCUCGUGGAGCCAAACAGCGGCCAGCCACGUAAGCCUGCCCUGCCGCACGACAGCAACACCCUCGAGUACCUGGAGUCGCUAGCUGCAGCGGACCAGGCAGCCGCCGAGUCGGAAGCCCUGGGCGAGGACUCGCCGCGGCGUGCCGGGGCUGCGGCGCCGCUGUCUCCCGUGUCGCCAUCUGGUUCGGGCGCCAGCCCCAGCGGCCGGAGUGGCGGCGGCAGCGCGCUGGGCGCCAAGCUGAACAGCAACAGCAUCCGGCUGUGCAACAACCACCUGAUGAGCCUGAACGGGCUGGGGCGGGUGGUGCGGCACUGCCUGGACGACUGGCGGCAGCUGGUGUGGCUGGAUGUGUCCUCCAACCAGCUCACCACCAUUGAGGAUUCGAUUCUUGAGUUUCCCUCGCUGCAGGUCCUUUACCUACACGGCAACGCGUUGACCAACAUCAACGACGUCCUCAAACUGCAGCACCUGCCACGCCUCAGCAAGCUCACGCUGCACGGGAACCCCAUCUCGGAGCAGAAGAACUACAAGAUGUGGGUGGUCGCGCACCUCAGCGGCCUGCGCAGCUUCGACUUCGGCCCCAUCACGAAGAUUGAGCGGGACAAGAUUGACACGUGGUUCAAGGGGCUCAAGAAGAAGCACUAAGAGCGGGCGGGGCUGUGGGAGCGGGUUGCGGGGCGAUUGGCGCCAAUUUGGCAGGGCAGCAGGUGGGUCGCGCACCGAGUGCACCAGACUGACCAGAGUGCGCGAAGGAUGCACUCGUGCAUGUUGUGCUGGGUGAGGCUGUUGUAUGGUGUGGGGUCGCAGUGGGCAAGCUGAGGGCGUGAGGCGGUGGCGCUCAGGUGACUGACAUGCAGGGAUGGCCGGCAGGCGGAGAGCCGGAGACGCGGAGUUGCAUUGAUACCUGAUUGACAGACCAUGACCACAACGACUCGCUCAAGAUUUGCUCACGACACGGCGCUGGUGUGAUUGCGCAUUUUGCUGAGCAAGGACCUUUUUGCAUCGCAUAGUUGGAGUGAAAACUUCUGGUCAGCUGGCCUAGGGAUGGCCAGGCCAGCCAAUGCAUGCCGCUGUAAGCCACAGCACUG